UCACUCACACAGAGCGGUUCUCCGGCUUUGCUCGUCAGAGUGCGGUGCCCAGGCUGGCGUCCACGUGCAUUCCGGGACUGAAAGUACUGUUGAGAAAACAACAAAAUGAGUAGUCGACGAAAACGCGCACCUCCAUCGAAAGUAGAUGAGGAGAAGAAGAAAAAGCUCUGCUGGAACAUGCAUGAAGACCGGAGAAAUGAGAUAGUAACAUUAGAUGAUGAAGUGACUAAUGAGGACCAUGUUCCAGUUCCAAGCACUUCUGCAUCCUUCAUUGUUAUAAAUGAUGAUAGCACUGAUGAAGAUCUUGUACAAAAAGAAGGCAGUGGCUCAAAAUCUGUUAAGUUUUUGACAGUUAAUGAUGAAGAAGACUCUUAUUCCAUCUUGACUCCUGUGUCUGUACAGCUAAAUAUUAUAGUCUUGCCAUACCGUGCAGAUGGGUCCUGGAAGGUUUUGUUGGGAGAAUUUGCUCUACAUCUUCCUUCUGAACAAAUUCUAGCUGACGAAUUCCAUGAAAGAAGCUUUACUAUAAUGAGAGGAGACUCUGACGAUCAGCUGCAGGUCUGUGUUCAUGAAAGAAGUGAAGAAGAGUAUAGUAAUGAAACUAAAGAAUACCUGGGUGCUUAUGAACAACGUAUUUUGGUGGAACCAACUUUAAGUGGUGAAAUAUUGGAAGGCUUGAGAUGGUUGCAAAAGAAAAAGAUAAUUGGACUUUAUCAAAGACCUGGAGAGGCUCAGACUUUAAAGGUUGGAAUUUACCUUCUUGAAGCUGGGCUGAGUAAACCAGAGUUUCUCAGUGAUGGAGGUGGAAGGCCCAAAAAAGCCAAUCAGUUGAUUCAAAAACUCAUGGAAAAGUUCUACAGUUUUUUAAUUCCAGAUGAGCUGGAGGAAGAUGAAGAAGAAUCUGACAUGGAACUAGAGCGACAAAAUAUUGAAGAGCUUUAUGACUUUGUAAGACACACCCAUCAGCAGGAUAUCCAGUUACUUAGAAAGGAUGUGCAGCAUCCUGCAUUAAUUCCCAUUCUGAGGCCAUACCAAAGUGAGGCUGUGAAUUGGAUGCUUCACCGAGAGAACCACACAAAUGCUCCAAGCAGUGAAAAUGCACUGCACUUCUUAUGGCGGGAGGUGAUCACUCUGGAUGGAGUAAAAAUCUACUAUAAUCCAUUCACUGGCUGUAUUAUCCGUGAAUACCCAAUUGCUGGACCCCAGUGGCCUGGAGGCAUUUUGGCAGAUGAGAUGGGUCUUGGAAAAACAGUAGAAGUGUUGGCUCUUAUUCUGAAUCAUACUGGACCAGAUAUUAAACAAGAUGAUCUGACAUUACCUGAGGGUAAGCUUGUGAACUUCUUUGUUCCACCUCAACCUUUAGAAGGAAAUAAAAAGAAAAAACCAAAGGAAAUGGAGCCUAAAUUGAAGGAAAAAAUACAAUAUCCCAGCUUACGAGUGAUGAUAUUAACAGCUGUAAAAGAAAUGAAUGUGAAGAAAGGAGCAUCCAUCGUUGCAAUAUUUAAGUACAUCAGUGCUAUUUAUAGGUAUGACACACAGAGAAAUAGACGGCUUCUCAAAAGAACUCUAGAAAAGCUAAUUGCAGAACAUGUAGUAGAGCAAGUCAAAGGACAUGGUCUGGCUGGGUCUUUCAAGCUGGGAAAGAAUUACAAGGAACAGAAGAAGCGAGAAAGAACCAAAGAGCAGGUAGCAAAGACUUCAGAAAAUACUCAGAAGAAGCAGCUGACUGAUGCUAAAACUCAAACCAAAGAAUCAAAAAAUAGUGGUAUCACAUCUGAACACGUCUGUAAAACUGCUUCACAGGUGGAUAUUGCCAUGGAAGAACAUGAUUAUUGUACACCUAGCAAAAAUAACAAGAAAUCUGAACCAGAUCAUGAGAACUCUGUAAAAGAGAAUAAUGUUAAGCAGGAAACUGUCAUCCCAGAAUCUCCUGAUUUGCGUGGCAGCCUCCUUGUGUCCAGUGACAUGAGUAGUCAUCCUGAUUUUGAUGUUUCUAAAACUACAGCUGAUGUCCAGCAGGAAAUCCCAAAGGUCCCAUCCUCACAUUCCCAAGAACAUGCUGACAGUAGUGUACAACAUACCAGUUCUGUAUUUCCAUUUAAUACCUCUGAAUAUCGUUUUGAAUGCAUCUGUGGUGAGCUUGGAUUGGCUGACUACAAAGCUCGUGUGCAGUGCCUGAAAUGCUACUUAUGGCAGCAUGCAGAAUGUGUAAACUACAAAGAGGAAAACCUGAAGAGCAGGCCCUUCUACUGUCCCCAUUGCCUUGUGGCAAUGAAACCAGUUCCCACAGGAGCGACUCUGAUAAUUUCUCCAAGUUCUAUUUGUCAUCAGUGGGUAGAUGAGAUCAAUAGACAUGUAAGAUCAUCUUCUCUUCGCGUUCUGGUGUAUCAAGGUGUGAAGAAGCAUGGCUUUUUGCAGCCACACAUGCUGGCGGAGCAGGAGGUGGUUAUCACCACGUAUGAUGUCCUGCGCACUGAACUGAACUAUGUGGACAUCCCCCACAGCAACAGCGAAGACGGGCGCCGCUUCAGGAACCAGAAGCGGUACAUGGCCAUCCCAAGCCCCUUAGUAGCAGUGGAGUGGUGGAGGAUCUGCCUCGAUGAAGCACAAAUGGUUGAAUGCACUACUGCAAAGGCUGCUGAAAUGGCACUCCGUUUAAGUGGAAUCAAUCGCUGGUGUGUCAGUGGUACUCCUGUGCAGCGAGGAUUAGAAGAUCUGUAUGGAUUAGUCCUUUUUCUUGGAGUUGAUCCUUACUGGGUCAAACAUUGGUGGGACCAACUUUUAUAUCGACCUUAUUGUAGGAAAAAUCCCCGGCCUCUUUACAGUCUAAUUGCGAAGAUAAUGUGGAGAUCAGCAAAGAAGGAUGUGAUUGACCAAAUUCAAAUACCCCCUCAGACAGAAAAUAUACACUGGCUUCACUUCUCUCCUGUGGAGAGACACUUCUAUCAUCGCCAGCAUGAGGUGUGCUGCCAGGAUGCAUUGGCAAAACUCAGGAAGAUUUCAGACUGGACUCUUAAGCUUAGCAGCCUAGAUAGAAGGACUGUGACUUCCAUACUAUACCCAUUGCUACGGCUGAGGCAGGCCUGCUGUCAUCCACAAGCUGUUCGGGGAGAGUUCUUGCCAUUACAGAAAAGCACCAUGACCAUGGAGGAACUGUUAGCAUCUCUGCAAAAGAAAUGUCGAACGGAGUGUGAAGAAGCUCACCGACAGCUAGUGUGUGCUCUUAAUGGCUUAGCUGGUAUCCAUAUCAUUAAAGGAGAAUAUGCAUUGGCUGCGGAGCUAUACAGAGAAGUAUUAAGAUCAUCUGAAGAGCACAAAGAAAAGCUCAAAACAGAUUCCUUGCAAAGACUUCAUUCUACACAUAAUUUGAUGGAAUUGUUGGCAAAGCACCCAGGAAUUCCCCCAACUUUGCGUGAUAGCCGACUUGCAGAAGAGGCAGAACAACUUCGACAACAUUAUAUGAGUAAAUCCAAUGCAGAAGUUGCAGAAGCCCAUCAGGCCUUACAGCCAGUUCUUCAAACCAUUCGGGAGCUCCAGAGAAAGAUACAUUCUGGUUCUCCUUGGUGGUUGGAUGUCAUCCAGACAGCAAUACAGUAUGCCAUUGAUGAGGAGCUUGUUCAACGUGUACAAAACGAAAUAACCUGCAACUACAAACAGCAGACUAAUAAACUCUCCAUGGCAGAGAAAUUCCGUGACUGCAGAGGCCUUCAAUACCUGCUCACAACCCAGCUGGAUGAAGUGAAGAAAUUCCAAAAGAUUGUAAGAGAAGCAGUGAAAAACUUAGAAGGGCCUCCUUCUAAGCAGGUUAUUGAGGCUGCCACUAUCUGCCAUUUGCGACCUGUUAGACUUCCACUCAACAACUGUGUCUUUUGUAAGGCUGACGAAUUGUUCACAGAAUAUGAGUCGAAGCUCUUUAUGCAUAGUGUUAAAGGCCAAAUGGCAAUAUUCGAGGAGAUGAUAGAAGACCAAGAGGGGCUUGUUGAUGACCGUUUGCCCACUACAAGUAGAGGACUGUGGGCAACCAGUGAAACUGAACGUGCCUUGAAAGCUCUUCUCUCCUUUGCCAAAGCUCACCGAAUGGAUGUUAGGCUAACUGAAGAAGGGAGCGUAUUCCUGGAACUCUUUGAAGCAUGGAAAAAGGAAUAUAAGUUACUUCAUGAAUAUUGGAUGGUACUUAGGGAUCAUGUGUCUGCUAUUGAUGAACUGGCAAUGGCUACAGAAAGACUGAGAGUGCGUCAUCCUGAUGAGCCAAAACCAAAUCCACCAGUUCUCCACAUCAUAGAACCACAUGAGGUAGAGCAAAAUCGAGUGAAACUUCUGAAUGACAAGGCAGUUGCCAAAUCACAACUUCAGAAGAAAUUGGGACAACUUCUAUAUCUCACUAAUCUGGAGAAAUCUCAGGAUAAAACUACUGGGGGAGUUAACCCAGAACCGUGUCCAAUCUGUGCUCGUCAACUGGGAAGACAGUGGGCAGUGCUGACAUGUGGACAUUGCUUUUGUAACGAGUGUAUAGCCAUCAUCAUCCAACAGUACAGCGUUGGCACCCGCCGGAGCUCAAUUAAGUGUGCCAUCUGCAGGCAGACAACAUCCCAUAAGGAAAUAUCAUAUGUCUUUACUGCAGAAGCUGCAAAUCAGGAGGAUGAUAUUCCUGUAAAGGGAAGUCACUCCACCAAAGUGGAAGCUGUGGUCCGAACACUGAAGAGAAUUCAAUUUAAAGAUCCAGGGGCUAAAUCCUUAGUUUUCUCAACGUGGCAAGAUGUAUUGGAUAUAAUUUCAAAAGCUUUGUAUGACAACAACAUGAUUUUUUCUCAGAUCAAUGGAAUUAGUAAAUUUCAGGAAAAUCUUUCUGCAUUUAAAUAUGAUCCCAACAUCAAUAUUUUGCUGCUGCCUCUUCACACUGGUUCCAAUGGACUAAACAUCAUCGAAGCAACUCACGUUCUGCUUGUGGAACCCAUUCUGAAUCCAGCACAUGAACUACAGGCUAUUGGCAGAGUACAUCGUAUUGGCCAAACAAAAUCUACCAUUGUUCACAGGUUCCUGAUAAAAGCAACAAUAGAAGAGAGAAUGCAGACUAUGUUGAAAACUGUAGAUAGAAGUCACACCAGCUCUUCCAUGAAACAGUCAGAAGCCUCAGUGUUGACAGUGGCAGAUUUGGCUGACCUUUUUACAGAGGAAACUGAAGAACUUGAGUAAAAACAUUGGUUUGUCCUAAUGAAAUCAGAAAGUACCUGACCUAAUAAGCACCAGGAUAUAAUCCACUUGAUCUAUCGUUCCUGUAAACAUCAUUUAACAUUUGUUACAGAGUGAUUGGAAAUUGAAAAGUCUUAAUUGUUACUGUUUUAUUCUUUGGUGAAGCUCAUAGCAGCACACACUUCUGAUGGCACUGGAGAAAAGUUGCACUUUGCACAUUAUACAAAAACAUGGAUUUUAUUCCCAAAGAGCAUUUGAGCUGGAUGCUAAAACUGAGAUCUUGGACCCUUGGUUGAGAGGAUUUUUACCAUCAGGUUUGAUUGGCUAGUAGCUCUGUCUGAGAGCAAAACUAUGUGGGUGGUUGGGUGGGAAAGGAAAGCAGAAAAAUACAAAUAUAAUUUUUUUUACUGUACAAAGAGUUCUUAGAAAGAAUGACUGUAAAUUAAUAUUCUUCUAGAAAGGGCUUGUUAGAUUUAAUGCAGAGUUACUAAAUGUCUUAUUGUUAAAACUUCAAAUGACUAAUCUUUAAUAAUAAUUUGGAUAUUUGUAUUAGGCUUUUAGAUAUUCAUAAAGACUUGUGACCGUUAAAUAUUUCAUUGUUAAUGCUUACUUAUUGCAAAAAGAUGAUAAUUAAAUUAUGCUUUUUGUAUAUAUGUUGGUCUGGUGAUCAGUUAAAGACUUGAACUUGCUGUACAUGUUUUCACUUGAAGCCGUGACUAAUUCAGUGCUCUGUUUAAAAAAAAGGCAUUUGUUACAGAAUUUUCAAAAAAUUAAUUGGUUAAGCUGCUGAUCACUUUGGAAUCAUAUGGUGUGCUUGUGUGCAUUUUCUCACUAUGAUAUUUUUGUCUAGUUCUCCCCCUUAAAGAUACAGCAAUUUAAACAUACAAAAUAGAUGAAAUUAAGGUAGGCAGUCUAAUUCUUAGGUGCCUGGUCUAAGUUAGAUAAACAGUGGAGAGACAUGGAACUUUGUGAAGCUUCGUCCUGAUAUGCGAGAUCACUCUACACUAUCUCUGUUAACAGUAGAUAGUUUGGAAAACAAAUCCAGGCUAACUUUUAGACUGCUAAAAGUAGGCAAGAUAAAUUUUAAGCCUUUUGACAUAGGUUAUGAAUUCACACUUAUAUAACAUUUGUUUCUGAAGGUGUUACAGAAGCAAGCUCAGUUACACAGUUGAUGUUAAACACAAGUUUGUGUUUAGAGAGUGAGCAUAAGCAACAGGCUAUGUCUCUCACAUUACAAUAUUUACUGUUUCAGUAGGCAAUGUAUUUUGUAUAUUUUAAAAAUCUUACUUAAGAUGGAAAUUAAAAUUAGUCCUGUAAGAAAUCUCAUUGUAGAAUUUUUAAUCAUGUCAGCUGAUUCGUCAUAGAUUUCUAUAGUUAUUGAGCUUCUUGAGUUUUGUUUUCAGCCAUACAGCAUUUGAGCUGCACAGUCAGGUAUUAAGCCUAUCCACGACAGGCAAGUUUUCUGCUUCUGACAACAGAGGUGAAUAGAAUUUGCAAGAAUAAUACUGUAGCAAGAAGUGGGUUUUCUGGCAUUUAUAUUCUGUUGGCCUUCUGGACCAAUUGGAUACUUUUUUCUAAAGACUAUUUGAGUAACUUUACAGACAAUGUAUCUGUUUCCCAUAUUUGUAAUAUGUGCUAGUGGGCUUAGCCCAGAAAGCCAACCGCAUCCUGGGCUGCAUCAAAAGAAGCGUGUCCAGCAGGUCGAGGGAGGCGAUUCUGCCCCUCUACUCUGCUUCGAUGAGACCCCUCCUGGAGUUCUGCAUCCGGUUCUGGGACCCCCAGCAGACAAAGGACAUGGGCCUGUUGGAGCCAGUCCAGAGGAGGGCCACUAAGUUGAUUACAUGGCUUGAGCACCUCUCCUAUGAAGGCAGGCUGAAAGAGUUUGGAUUGUUCAGCCUGGAGAAGAGAGGUUCUUGGGUAACCCUAGAGCAGCCUUCCAGUACUCAAAGGGGGCCUGCAAAAGAGCUGGAGACAGACUUUUGACAGGGGCAUGUAGUGAUAGAACAAGGGGGAAUGGCUGAAGGAGGACGGGUUUAUACUGAAUAUUAGGAAAAAAUUCUUUACUUUGAGGGUGGUCAGGCACUGGAACAGUUUGCUGAAGGAGGUCAAGGACUCCCCAUCUUUGGAAGUGUUCAAGGCCAGAUUAGAUGGGACUUUGGUCUAGUGGAAAGUGUCUCUGCCCAUGGCAGUGGGGUUGGAACUACAUGAUCUUUAAGGUCCCUUCCAAGCCAAACCACACUACAAUUCUGUAUGUACAUUUUGUUUUGUAGGUUGUUGAUUUUUUUUUUGCAGAUUACAGUUCGCAGCAAGGCAAAUAGAAUAGAUAGUAGACUUUCUUUAGAUGAGAUUGAUUAAACAGUGUACACAGAAACUGGGACAUCUACAUCCUUGAACAUACGGGGAACUCAAAUAACCCUGAGUAACCUGAUCCACCUUCGAAGUUGGUCCUGCUAUGAGUGGUGUGUUGGACCAGAUGACCUCCAGGGAUCCCUUCCAGCCUAAAUUAUUUUACAGUGUACUGGAGAUCUUGCUGUACAGACAUUCCAGGAACUCUGAGAGCAGCAAUAUUCCAGUUUCCUCAUCGUCUUCAGAUAAUUUUGAUAUUGUAUGACAAUGUGAUUGCACAAGAAGCUGCUGUUCACUCUGAGAAAUUAUAUAUCUGUGUUAAAAGCUGUGGAAGCACAUAGUGUUUACAUUCAUAGCUCCCACUUUAAUUAACUACAUGUGAGAAGAAUAGUUGUCAGUGAACGUGAAGAAAGAGAGGCAAACUGAAAAAUAUCUGCUUCCCAAGCUCUUCAAGUUUUUGACUUAUUUAUAUAAAGACAAUGGUUAUAUAUAUAAAGAUGUGUGAGUCUUAAGUGCUGGCUUAUCUUUUUCUAUACUCAUAUAACAGCGUGGAAUGCCAGAGAUCUGGUUGUAGGUGCUCUCCUGACUGCCCUGGAGCACCAGGACCUAGAGCUCUGGAAGUAUUACAUUAAAGUGUGUACAAAGUCAUGUCAAAGCACCUAUUGAAACUGGAAUGUUGAACUGUUGGAGCAUAUAGCCAGUAUCAGCAGUAAAACAGAUUCUUCAAGUUUCACAUAAUGCUAAAUAAAGAGACUAAAUGCUUUUUGCCAUUCUUUCCAACAUUCAGUUUCUUUGACAAAGGUUUUUCUUUCAGACUUCUUACAAGACUUGUCAUGAGAUGAAUUCUUUUUUUUUCCUUUCCUGCUAAGGGUGCAGCUUGUACAUCUGCAGUGCUUUUCUCUUAUCAAAGCACAGUAAGCUUGAUUUCACAGUGCUGUCAUGGGUUUUUUUCUCUAUCAGAACACUCUUUAAAAAGACAGUAUCUUAGCUGAGAACAGUUUGCCCUGUUGUAAUGCUUCCAACAUACUCACAGAAGACAGAAAUCUAUAAAUACUGACUGCAGUGUUUAAAAUAACAUUUGUGUGGACAUACCCAAGAGUCACGUACCAGAUUCUCAUGUGUUCUCCUGCUAAAACAUGUAAACAUGAUCUGAGGUGCCAGUAUUUAUCUAGUGAAGUCAGUCCUUUAAAAAUGAGGCUUCAGCUGAUUACGAAGACCUCGGUGUUGACCUUUCAUCUCUUUCAGUUCUAUGACAAAAAAUGUUGAAAGUUUUCUUGACUGUAGUUGAUGAGGGUUUUAGGACAGGUUUUCUCCCUGUUUAGUUCAGUGCUUUGUAAAACAGAGCUGUCUGCAAAUAGUAAACUUCCUUGAACAAUGCAAUAUCAUCGUGUUGGAAACUAAGGUGUUAAACUUGCGGUGUAAAUUGAGUUCUGUGAAUUUCAGUGUGGAUCUUUAAAUAAAUUUGUAAGUUAAGAUCCUCCUUGUUCUCUAAAUCAGGCUAUGCCAGGAAAAGGUUUUCAUCUUGACCUGUUAGGUAACUUUUCAGCAUACUAAUCAAAGUCCAGCACACUACCGUUUUCAUGUAGGUCAGAUACUACAAAAGAAUAUUACCUCAGUCUUCUCUUGCAUAUUCCAAGUUGUAUACUAAGGAGUGGACAUAAGAGUUGAUGCUUUUUAUGAGAUAGGCCUUCCAAACCACAUGUCUGCCAAUAUCUGUAGAUGUAUUAGAGUUGUCUGUGAGUGGGGUCCUACGUAGAUAAAAAGUCCAUAGUUGUUUCCAGUUAAAACCAUAAUUAGACAUACAUCCUCUUGUAAGAUUCUGUCUGGAUUAGUAGCUGAAUACAAGUUAACAGCUCUUUGCCACUAUCUUUUGCAGUCCUUAUGACUGCGUUAACUUUUUUAGGAGUCAGAAUUAUUUGUUUGGUUAGAACUGUGUUUCAGUUAAAUUGGAGAGAAAAAGGUCAGUAUUGGUCAAUCUUGUGACCAACGUAAGAAAAAAUUAACCUUGAAAUUUAUAGCUCUCUCAAGGUAAGCAAUUAGAUGAGUUUCUAAAGGAAAACCUUUAGAAAACUUGGGGUUUUUUCUAGAUGUAAAUAAAGCCUGUUUCUGAAGCUUAAUCUAAAGACUUAGUGCUUGAAAUCUGUAUUUUAAGCUUUUCUAUACACUGAAAGGCUACUUACAAAGCCACUGUGCCUGUGAUUUUUCUUCCUUUUUUGAUUGCUUGAAACAAGUGAGGUCUUUACAAGAUUAUAUGCUAUAAAUGUAGAUUAAAGGAAUUUCAGAACGGAGAAAAAAUAAGGUUCAAGACAUCUCUACCUCUCCCUCUCUGUGUGUUUCCAUUUUUCUGUGUCAGUCAUCUUGUCACACCCUCCACCCACCCCCAUCUCUCUCAGUUUGUUACAAAGAAUAUUUGUGUUAGUCAGUGGCAGUAGAGUGAAAUAGCUAGAGUAAAAACUAGUUUACUGUAUCACAGGAAAAGUGUCUGAGGUAAAGGGAAUUUUAGCCUAGUAUAAAUUCUUUUUUAUAUCUGUAAUAUUUUCAUUUACCACUUUUAUUCACCACUGUAGAAGCAGAUGUUGAAUUUUAGUCUAUUAACUUUUAUAUUUCUAGUUUUAUAUUAUACAUCUGACAUAUAAAAAGGAUGCAGUAAUCUAAUUACUGAGUAAUCAGUGAGGCUUACAAGUUUUUACUAGCCAAGUCUAUAGGUUUGGGAUUCAUAAAGUGCACCUGAACCAUUGUCACAAAUCAUGGUGCAUCCACUGUCUUCUCCUCUUUAGAGGAGGAGGAGGGAAGAGGUAACUACUGAUUCAGUGUCCCAAGUCCCAAGUAGUCACUCCACAUAUUCUACAGCCAUACACUGUGUAAAGAGGACAGUUGAACUCAUAGCUUUCAAGUGUCAGUAAGGAAUUAAGUCAUAUGGGGCAGAAGUAAAUGAUGUAGGGUUUCCAAGUACUAGAAUAACUCUCCUUAGACAAUUGAAUUGUGAGAUAUCUGUAAACCUCUGGCUUGGCUCCAUGCUCUGGCUCGGUUUCCUUCUUUGUAUGAGAUGUCAGCCUUCCAGGGCUUAACUUCCAAGUUCCUUUGUUUCUUGUAUUUAUAGAGCUGACACAAGUGAGUGCCCAGCCCAAUUAAUUCAACUGGACACAUAUCAAAUUUUAUCAGUUUAGGAACAGGUGUCAGUUUUCCGUGAUGUAACAUGUCUUGGUUUGAUGGCAGCCUUCACAUCAGCUAGAAAUUACCUUUUCAAAUUCUACCAAGUGAAAGGUCUGACUGCUUACAGGGUGUCUCAAAAUGUACAUUGUUGGUGUGGGCUGGCCUAGGUAGUUGUGGAGAUUUUUAUGCCACUUUUCCUUCCAUCCUACCUAUGGGGGUUAGUGAGCUAGUAAAAUUCAUUCUGUAUUGCUGUGAAUUGUCCCCUCCUUAUGCUAACAGGUUCUCAUCAUUGGUCAGACUUACUCUUGACUAUGUCAUUUGGUUAAGGAAGAAAAUCUAGACUGCCUUCCUUGUUUAUCAUGAUGGAGUUAGUCUUGGAGUCUCCUGAAACAGAGGACCACAAAUGUGGGGACAGUGACAUUCCUUUUAUGGAUGCUGAAACUUUAGGAGACGAGCUGUAUUGGCUGAAUGUUCACAAGUCCAUGUGGCCUGAUGGGAUUCAUCCCAGCAUUCUGAAGGAGUUGGCGUAUGGUUUGGAAGAACUCCUCUUGAUCAUCUACCAAACAUCUGGGAGGGUUCCUGCUGACUGGAAGCUAGCUAAUGUUGUUCCAGUUUACAAGAUGGACAUAAAGGAAGACCCAGGGAACUACAGACUUGUUAGUCUAACCUCAGUUCCUGGAAAAAUUAUACAGAUUAUACCAGGUACAAUUGGAAGGCACACACAUAUGUUGUUUCUCUUUCAAUCUUCUAUAAAAUCUUAGUAAAGCAAUGUAGGAGUUGUGGAAAUGAUUACACUUUGCUAACUGCUUGUGCCAUGGUUAGGUCUUAAAAGCAGCUGAUUCUAUCCUAUAAUUUCUGUAACAGAUGUACAAAGCCCAGAGCAUUUCACCAGCAGCCAGAAAAGAGAUGGAGGGAAUAUCUCCAAGUCCCAGUGAUCCAUUCAUAUCUGCUGUUCUUGCACAUGCUGCAGUGGAGGUAGAAUCUGCACUAGAUGGAGCUGGAGGAGAGGGGAGGAGUUUGGAGAGAAAAAAUGAGGAACAUUUGUAAAAUGUUCCUCUGAGUGCCCUUCUGAUGAUUUUUCUGUGGGUGGAAUGAGUCACUGAUAUGAGCAAUGAAUAAACAAAGGGUGAAAGAUUGUAAGUGUAGCCUAUUCAUUGGAGCUUAAUGUUCAUCUAAAUGCAGUGGCACAUUUUUGUGUUCCUAAUUUGACAUAUUAGUCACUUUCUUACUGACUGUUGCAAUGUGAGCAUACAGGGCUUUGCAGUGGUUGAACAAAUGUGAAUAUUGAAAAAUUUUGUCCCCUGUGAUACAUGUUUUAAUGUGCACCUAAGUCAUACAACCAAAUGUAUGCUGUGGAUUUGUGAAGGAUGACAGUUCAAACUUACACAUUACAGAUUGACCUCCCUGAACCAAACAGGCAAGUUUUACUUAAUAAAGGAAAGGUAAUUAAUCACUUCUGCUGUAAAUGAACAAGUGUCUCUGAAGAGGCAAGGCAGUGGACUUUGUAAUUGCCUCUUGGGAAAUGUUGCACCUCUUGAACAUUCAUGUCUGCAGUGGGGAUGAAAGGCAGAAAGCCCAGCCCAGUUCCAUUGUGCAGGGGAAUGGAGUGCUGAGAAGUCUGGCCAGAAGCUUGAGCCUGCUAUGUUAAAUGAGGGACGUGUCAUAGAUAUUUCUGGGGAACCUCUUCUUUUGUGUACCUCAAUCUUCUAGCAUCUCAUAAGCAUAGAUUUUCUGUAAAGUUUCCACAAUUCUUAACAGACACUUUCUUCAUCAGCAAGCUAUCACUGUUCAGUGGAGUUUUUCUCUUUUCCUUGUGGACCAUGUAUUUCUUUUUUGUUACUUGUUCUUCAGAAAGUUGGGUGCCCCUGAAUCAUUAACAGCUCUUGUUAAAAGCCUCUAAAAUAGAAUUGAAGGACAUGAAACACCAAAGGGAUAGACAAAGUGAAUGAAGUGAGGGAGGUUCUACUUCUGCCUAGUAAAGGACACACUGCUGCUGCUGUGGCAGUGGAGACAGAUGUGAGUUGGGGAAUGGUAGAGGAGGUAUCCAGUCCUAUCCUGGGGGAAUCAAUUCUAAAAUAGAUAGAAAAGGUUUUCUGAGUAACAUUGGUCUCCACACUUCAGGAAUUCUAUUGUUGGGCCCAGGACACUAUUUGAUCAUUUGUUGAGGCACUUGAUUCUGUGGAGAGGUUUUAAAGCCCAAAACCACAAUCCUGGACUUAAGUCUAUAAAUUACACACUUUCUGAUAGAAAAUGUUUUCUUUGAUAUAAAUGAAUAUUAACAAAUACUGUGUCAGGCAUUUGCAAGAAAUUUGAUGGCCUGUAAUUUAAUUCUAGAUUUCAGUGUGGAAACAGAGUAAUUUAAUUAUUUUAGUAAUAGAAAGUAAAACUAAUCAGUUUUUGCAACAGCAAGUUAAUGACUUUUAGAAAGCAAUGCACAGGAGAGAAAAGAGCAGUUUUCAAUUGUGUUCCAAAACUGAAAUUCCAGAUAAGCUAGGAAACAAGUAUUUUUAUUAGCUGCUGUUUCUUUGCAUUAUACAGAUAAUGUAAUUUCAAUGAAAUAAUUUAUUUAGAAAGCAGCAAAACUAAAUAUUUAUUUGAAAAUUAUUAAGUAUGAAUAAACAUACAACUUAAUGUUCCCAUGGUCUCUGAGUAACAACAUUCCUAUCAAUAGCCUUUCUUUUGUACUCACGGUUUACUUUCAGAAUUACAUCAUAGUAUCUCUUGAGGUUUGCAGCUGUUUCAAAGCCUUUGUGAACACAAAUUUUUGUCUUACAUUUUCCUGCUACUGAAAAACACUGACUGAUGUAACAUUCAUUAAAUAACGUUUUCUUUCCAUCUUUCUGGUUUUAGAAAAAUAGCUGGUGCCUCUUCUGAGAGACAGUGCUUAAUCAUUUGCGUUCCUAUUCCUCAGUAUGUAACUGAAUUGUCUGAUAGAUGUUACCUGUUAAGUAGUAUCCUUUAAUAGGAAUGCUCUGCAUGUGUAAAUAAUUGUUAUUCAAAACGAAAAUUACAGUACAUGUAGAAGCCCAGGGGUCAAUCCAUAAUUAUUCUUUCCAGUGUGGUUGGUUGCACCCAGCUCCAAAACUGCUGAUUUCUGGAAACAGCUCACACUUCCCUAUGGCAGUUCUUCACUACAUUCUCCUGCUCCAUGGAGACUGGGCCUGUGACAUCUCCUCGAUA